ACUUAGCCGUGUGAGUGUGUCCGUCUGAAUAGAAAGAUGCAGCUCUAGAUCCUUGACUUCUCUGAGUAUAACCACGGUUGACGUGCUCUGAACAGGACUACCUGAAGAAAAACACAAAGAAAGGCAGUGAACUGACUUUCAAAAUGCUGGUGACAAUGCUAACAGCCAUGUAUAUGAUGGUGAGAGUGGCUGAACAGCUGGGUGUUCGGUGGGUACGUCAACAGCAACCUCUUCCGUAUAUGGUGUCUCAGCCACUGCCAUGGCAGGUUCACUAUGUCUCCCACAGUCGGAAAGGAAGUCUUUCAAAGGAGUUUGAGGGCCAGAGAAGGAACAGCAUAGGAGUUUACAGAAAGAGCUCUUCUUCCAGUAAUGGACACACCAAAACUUCUGCUGAUAAAGCAGCGGCUACAAUUCAGAACCAGUACAGGAAGUAUCACCAAAAGAAGCAGAAAGACCACAAAUGAAAGCUAAACUAUUAGUUUUUGAAGUGUCCAUUUCAUGCUGAUCAAACCCAGUAUUCUCCUUUCUGAACCCUAUAACCCCAGCAACUGUCCACAUGCAAACCUGGUCUCCAUCAAUGCUAAAGGACAACACCUUUUAGCGGCACAGUCACAUGUUCUGAUUUACAGAUAGCUGACACCUGCAUGAAAACACAUUCACACAAUGACAA